AUGUCUGGUGAGUCAGGCCAAUCUCAGGCCGGCCCCUCACAUGGUGGGCUAUACCUGCCGAACUCUGAGAGAAAUCGGGUUGGGGUCCUGGGAGGGGUCGGAAGGGCCGACGCCCAAGGGCCCAGGUCCUGGAUCCAAAAGGUUCUUGAGCAAAUAACAGACUCACCUCGCCGGCGGGUCACGCCCUCGGAGGUGGUGCCUGUCGCUGUGGUGGCCGUCCAAAGAUACCUGUUAGAGGAUGAGCCCCGCGACAGGAUUCGCAAACCUCCCCUUUACUGCUAUGAUGUGACGAUCUCGGACGGGGUGUACCAGGAGAAGUGCUACCUGGACCCCAGCCUGAAUUCUCUCGUAUAUAAAAAUAUUCUUAAAGUUGGCAUAGAAAUGAGAAUUUCCAGAGUCUCGUGUGUUUACAACGAGAGAAGGUUAGGUCAGGGGAUCCUGUGCAUAGAUAACGUCCACUGUGGGGAGACCCUGGAAGCUAUUUCUUUAGAAACGCCCUUCAGAAAUAGAGCGCAUGAGGAGAUACCGGAGAGGCCCUUAAGGGGCGGCAAGAGUCAUUACCUGGCCCUGUGGAAUAACGAAGAUCCGUAUGGAGAUAUCUGGUUAACCAACAAGCAACCUGAGGAACACAAUUUUAACAAUACCAAAAUAAUUUCCCUUUCUCAACUUGAAAUGACCUGGACUAACAGAAGAAGUUUUCCUGCUUUGCUUGUGAGAAUCUUGCAUAAAUCAAAACUGCGAUACUAUGGAAAACCUGAUAAAAAUAUGAUUGAGCCAUACCAGACCUUUUUGGAAGUUGCCGACAGUUCAGGCACUGUGUCAGUGAUUAUGUGGAAUGCCCUGUGUCCCGAGUGGUAUAAAAGUUUGCGAGUUGGUUUAGUUCUUCUGCUUCAAGAUUAUUCUGUUAAAAAGAGUUAUCCAGUCAGGACGCAGCCUCUCCCUGCGGAUCCACAGAUCAAAUUAAUUUCUACAAUGGAAAUCUGCCUGAACCUUCGAGAUCCUCCAAAUAAUAUAAUUAUCAUUCCUGAAAAGCAGGUGAAACCAGAAUGGAGAUUGCCAAAAUUAAAUCCCCGCUUUAUCACAAGAUCGGAACUGGAUGAUAUGCCAGCAAAUCAUAUCUGUGAUGUUAUUGGCAUUUUAGUUUUUGUAGGAAGGGUCCAGCGGUCAAAAAAGAAAGAAAGCCGUGAAGAUUUUUGGUCAUAUCGCUGGAUUCACAUUGCUGACGGAACUUCAGAACAACCUUUCAUAGUGGAACUGUUUUCUACAUCUCAGCCAGAAAUCUUUGAAAACAUUUACCCAACGACAUAUUUCAUGUGUACACAGUUGAAAGUUGUCAGAAAUGACACUCAGGUACCUAAACUGCUUUACCUCACCACUACAAAUGAGAGUCGAGUGUUUAUUACUGGUCCUAGAGGCCAGCCAUAUACCAACGAUCCCAAGGUAAAAAACUUUAUUCAGUGGAUUAAAGCAAAGACUGAUUCUGGGGAACUGAAGAAUACCGUUAUUGGUGGAUAUUACCCCUAUCCACCAGUGCCAGAGACAUUUUCGAAGUAUAGUAGUUCUCUUAAAGUUGAGUCGCUCUUGACAGCCAUGAGUGAAGUGAGGAAGGAGGUUGAAGAUUUGCAGUAUAGGGAACAAAAGCGCAUUGCAAUUCAGGGGAUAAUUACUGUUAUAAAGUAUGUCCCCCAUAGCGUUGCAACUGGAAGUGCCUCAACAUCAGAAACACUUCGGGAUGCUAACCGACCCUCAACAUCCCAGGCAGCUCGAACAGAAAGUCAAAGUCGGGAAAGAGAUAGUAAACAGCGUCAAGACCUUGGUCCUGUGGGAUUUCAGUGUGUUCAAGCUACAAAUGGAAGUUUGAGUCCUACCAAGAAAAAAAGAAUUCUGCAAGGACCACAUGCCAAACCAUUUCCUGUACCUCAGCCAGAAACUUCUGCACAAAAAAAAGAAAAUAACCUGGGCAUGGCAAGCACUGUCCAACGUCAAGAAUGCGUAACUGCUCGUGUCGUUGGGAAAGCCAGAAAAACUAUAAGUGAUAGGUGGGAAAGUCCACUGUGGAGAGAGAAAAAGUUUGACUUAAUAGAUCAUCAGUAUUACAGCCGUGUUUAUCCUGAAAGCAUUCCACGGAAAUUUAGUUUUGAACACAAAAAGUUUCUUACUGAGCAGUAUAAUUCUCAGCCUGCAAAAUACGUGCCACCAGAAGGAAGGCCCCCAAAACUUGGUAAUUUUAAGAGCGCCCGAAGCCUUGGGCAUUUUGAAGUAACCAUCCUAGGUCUGAACCACGAGAUAGCAAUGGAUGUUGCAUUCCUGCCCAUGUAUUGUCCGGAAGAUAUCCGAACAUCUGAAAUAGACACAUUAUUAACCUGCAUGAAUUACAGCUGUGUGUAUCCACAGGAGACAGCUGACAGUGACAGAGUGCUACGUCCAAGAGCACUUGCAGGUGAUAUUAUAAAAGCAGUGACUGAACUGGAUAGAGAGCACAUCGUCGGUAUCUUGGAUAUCUGUAAUUUGGGUAACAAUAAAGUAGAAGUCUAUUUGCAGAAAAUUUAUAAACCAGAGAAUAUUUCUUAAAAAUUAGCAAAUGAGAUUACUACAGAUUAUAGAGAGGGCACUGCUUUAAGGAUAUUCUGUCGUUUUGUUUGUAAUUUCGGUAACUGUUGUUCAGCAAGAAUAUUACAUAAGCUCUAAAGUUGUUAAAUGGUUUUAUGUUUGUCUUGUCUUUAGCGCUAACACUUCAUUUUAAAUUCAUUAUGAAAAGGUCAUCACAACAGUUUUUGUGCAUCAAGAAAAUUUGCCUUACUUCUAUAUGACUAUUAUCUUUACUCGUUAUGCUUUAUGUUCACUGUUCUAUUUGUGAAGUGUACUUUUAUUCUAAAGCCUCAGCAUAGGGCAUCCUGACUUACAAGAGUAAUUAACUUCGUAGAUGUUUAAUGUUCUUCUACUUUUAUUCCCCUCCUGUAAUGGGAAAUUUUAAUUGCCAAUUUGAAGAUUAAAUUCCCCUAGAGUGGUCAGCCUGCAUUUCUCACAACCAAGGUUGUUUCUGUCAUCUUCAAAAGCACACCUGGAUUGUUGUGGUCCAGUUGCCCUAGUCUUUAGUUGAGUCAGCUGUAGAGUGAGCGUGCUUAGGUAAAUUGUCUUAAGGUUUUCCACUCCCUGUUGUAACUUCACAUCCUUUGAAUUUCUAAAUGUUUUGACCAGUGUGUGAUCUGAAAGCCAGAGGCUACAGUAUGUCUUAUAUUCUUUCUGUAUUCAUUUGUAAUUUUGGGUACAUGUAAUGUGAGUUUAAAUAGUGAAUUUUAUCUUAUGAACAUUUUAAGUGCUCAUAUUGAAAGUAUGAAACAGUAACCAGGGGGAUUGAUUUAAUUCUGGUUGUCUAUUUUACUUCAUUUUAACUGAAAAUGGCCAUUCCACAUUUGCAAGGCCCUGUGGCUGACAUCUGUGGGGUUAGUUAGAUGAGCCAAAAUGACCAUCACAUGAGUUAAAAGUUUUCUGUAUCAAGAUGGAUCUGAUUGUAGUUAAGCUAUUAACUUGGGGGGUUUCCUUCUAGCCCUAUGGUUCUGUGACUUCAUAUGUUAUACAUUUUAAAUGUGUCAGCUCACAAACCUAA